AUGUCAGUCCUCCAACAUGGAGGAGGCGGCUUCCUCCAGCGGCGCCUCACGAAAUUAUAUACCGAUACGAAAACUUCCUGCGAGAGCGUUACGACAGCCUCAAAGGCUCUGGACGAUCCUGAGCUCGUCGCCCUCCACGGGAGUUUCCAGAAACAGAGGGAUCGCUUGCUGGCGUGGGGUCUAGAUUGGAGCGACGCAAGCGCCGCGCAGCCCAAUGACAUCGAUGAAUCAUUGACUGCUGCAGGCUUCAGCGAUGUCGUCGAGAGUGUCAUGUCAUCAAUCCAAGAACUCCUCAACGAUGCUGAGCAAGUCCAGCAUGUGGAUGCGCCCAUGCUCCCUUCCAAGGAACGGAAAGUUGAUAUACCAUCGAAGGAUACCCUUGCUAGCAGACCUGUUAAAACGCAAUGGACGGAGGAAGACAUAACUCGCUCAAACAAAAUUUUGAAUGAACUCACUGGCUGUAUUGAUACCCUUUAUGAUCUCUCGCGCUCCCGGCGGACGAUGGCUUCCAGCAUGUCAUCCAGCAGGAACAGCGCGCGCCGCCAACGACCUAACCUCACCUCACCUUACGAUUCAUCGCACGGCUCAUUCUCCGAGUCCAAGGAGAAAGUACAAAGCCCGAAGCAAAUGUUCGAUACAUUCACCUACUCGCCCACGACCACGCACCGUGACUCCCUUAAUUCAUUCCUACCAUUGAACCAUCUCCUCAUAGAUCGCUCAGCUCUACAACUAUACGGAGCGGCGCACGAUAAUAGCCCUCCUCCCUAUGAACCUGUUGCGGCAUCUUCCAACUCGCGUGCCAUUGGACGGCUGAAGUCAUCGGCAUCGCAUCUUCUCGCCUCCACAAAAGAGUCCCAUGUCUCCGUGCUUGUUGAGUUUAUGCCUAUAUUGGCGGAGUCAAAAAUGGAUAAUAAGAGUGCUCGGUUGGAAAAGCUCCAACAGUCUCUUGAGCAGUUGCUACAGAACGCCAGGAUCUCGCACUUGGGGUUGAUGCGAUUUUUGGGCUACUGCAUUGAUAAUUCGAAUUCUCGCUAUGCAUUCCUUUAUCAGAUGCCGGUCGAUUACUUCCCAUUCCUACAGAAUCCGAGUGACUUAUUGAAGGAAUUGAAGCCUAAGCCAUUGGUCGCUCUUCUUCCUUCAGCAGAGGAGUACCGGGAGAAUCGAGUGCCAAACCUUGACACCCGCUUUCGAUUGGCUUACGAUCUCUUAAUGUCCGCUCUCCACUUGAGAAGUCAAAAUGCCGUUCAUGGAAAUAUCAACAGCAGCAACGUCAUUUUUUUCCCGGGUCGAAGUGAUGCGUGUGAUGAUGAAAGUGGUCUUGCACCUGAUCUUCGCCGUCCUUAUCUCACCUCUCCGGCACGGUUCUCUGGGGAUGGACCAACCCCUGAGCCGUUGUCUUCGGCAAUGUAUCGUCACCCGGAGGACAAGAGAUGUGUAGAGGAUGAUGGCGCGUGGGCCUAUGACCUUUACUCGCUAGGCCUCAUUCUAUUAGAGAUAGGCCUGUGGGCACCGGUUGGACGGCUUUGGAAGAUGAAGUACGACCGCUCGUGGUUCAAGCACCGCGUGGAAGAUCUUUAUGUGAAGAAACUUGGUCCAAAGUGCGGUGGUGCUUAUCUUCAAGCCGUUCAGUUGUGCCUUGACGCCCCCAACUUCCAUUUAUCGACACAACCGAUGACUGACCUUGGUCUUCGCGUUCCGCAAAUUUACCACUACCCAGUGCUCGACCUGUCGGACCCAGAUGGCACUUUCUCUUUUUCAAUGAAUUUCAUGUACACAAUCUGCAAGAUACUGUGGUCAUGUUGCCGGAUUGAUAUCUUCUCGGCACCCUCGGCAGAAGAAUUGGAUGACUGCCUUCCACUCGCCCUUGUUCCCACCCCCGAGCCGGUCACCAUCGAGGACAAAGUCAGGGCAUACAAAUCAUCGAAGCGCGAGAUGUCUAAUUAUGACAAGAAGCUUCCCACAAUUCCUGCCGAUGCAUGGAGCGUCGCGAACGAAGACAAACUCGUUGAAAAGCCACAAAAGAAACGGACCGUCAAGAGACUUCCGCACUUGGAAAUACCGGACGAGCACCUACAAGAGUGGAAUUUCCAAAUAAUGCCUCGAGUGAGUCGCCUUCUUCAGAAGAUCUUGAAGGAGUCUUCUGAGUCAUGUGGAGUAAACCUCAUCAUGACUGGCGAGUCGCCUGAAAGUGCCAAAACGACGAUUUGUGUUACUUGCGCCAGUGUGAAGAAAGUCCGAAUGGCCCUCAAGAAGCACUUCGCUCUUGGUCGGGAUGACUGGGAUUUGAUUGUCCUCCGUGGUGAUAUCGAACGGUCCAAGGUUCCCCGGAACAGGCGCCGGAGGCCGGCCAAGGCUCGCCCGAAUGUCUCCAAUGAUACACCCUUUCGCCAGCGAGAGCUCAAUCCAUGUCAUCAGCAGCGACCUCUGUGCGGAGCAUCUAUCGGUGCUUUUCAGAACGAAGAGCACCUACCCCCUGUCUCAUAUGGCGGUGCCGUCAUCGUCGAUGGCUUACCGUAUGGCCUAACGGUCCAUCAUAUGUUGGAAGCUCCUAGCGAAGAUGAGGGUCAAGACAGUGGCCCCGGAACCUCCAACCAAGACGCCCCUUCCAGGUCGGCGGGAAACUGGCCCCGUGAUACAUCAAAUAUCCCACAUCCUGGAUUCAGGUACGAUUAUCCAGAGGAUGACUCACCUGACGUGAACUUCGAGUUCGAAAUUUCCGAUCUGGAGGAUGGAGACGAUCCCUCACAAGGCCUUGACUCUGGGUAUGAUGAAUUCUGGCUUUCAGAUGAAGAUUCAUCAGAUGAUGACUCCGUCGGCCCUGAUGACGAUGACGAUGAUACCGCGUCCAUAGGCGAUACUGCUGGUAUCGAACCAGGCGAAGAACCUCGGCUGCUUGUCACCCAACCAGCCAUUGACGACGUACAUGAAGACUUUUUUCCAUCUCCAGAAGAUCGCGAUGACGAGCACCUAGCCUCACACUCCCUAGGUUAUGUCCACGCAUCAUCUGGAGUGCGGCGUUGGACCCGAAAGGGUCUGAAACAUGAGAUCGACUGGGCGCUCAUCAAAGUCGAUGAAGCCCGCAUGGACCCUCGCAACAUCAUUCUAGAUACUACCAGAUCCAGUAUCGCUCGUCCAGGUCGCCCUAUCCCGCCACAACCCAUAUUUCUGAACCAGGUUGCCCGGAUGGAGGAGCUAGGUGGUUUGCAAGUUCAUUGCUGUGGCCGCACAAGUGGACUGCAAACAGGGCAGAUAUCCAAGGCUAUGACAUUGGUCAAGCUUCAGGGACGGCAUUCAUUCUCAACCAGCUUUUGCGUCAAUGGGAACUUCGGAGCCCCUGGAGACUCCGGUGCAUGGGUCUUCGACCGUCCUACCGGCCGUGUUUGCGGCCAUGUUCUUGCCUGGUCCGCAAAAAGCAACACCACCUACAUUUCCCCUAUGGAGGUCACCUUCGAUGAUAUUGCACGCACACUCCGCGCCUCUGUCGUCUCCCUUCCCGGCGACCCGAGCCGAUCCAUGGGUUACGUCGACCCUAACUCCCAACAGUCCGCUCAAUACCGCUACCAGGCUCAGCGGCUUCCAGGGGACUUUGGCCGUUUGGCUUUUGGAGCUGGAGGUUCCCCCGGUCCGCCUGUACCACCCUAUCCCCACCAUUAUCCUCACCCUCAUGCCCAUCACCCGGCUUACGGACGUCCUCCACCUCCACCUCCACCCCCUCCUGGCUCCCGAGAAGCCCAUGGGCCCGUUUACAGUGGCCCCGUCCCUCCGAUUCCGCCGUCGCUUCUGGCUGGGCCCCGCAAUAUUGAGCGACAACUUGCUUGA